CCCAAAUCAGAGGUUCAGACUAAUACAAUAUUUGGUUUAAUGAUCAACUGUAAUACUUCUUGCGGCCAACAGCAAAAGGCUAGCCUGUCCCCCUCCACCCUCCAGGAGUCCCCAGGUCAACUGCCUCUCCGUACUUUACUGCUGGUUCUGGUCGACUGCAGGAAAACACCGGGGCAGAGUGGAACUGAGAGAGGAGAAGAAAUGGAAGAUGGAGAUUUCAUUUCAUUAAGCGACAUCCCUAAUCGUUGCUCUCUUAGAGGGAGGGGCUUAUCAUCUGGGGAGCCUCAACAACAUCAUGAUGCUGACAAGAAAGAGAAGAGUCUCUCCAGAACAAAACACCGGCAUAGAGGUAUAGGGAAGAAACCUCACCACUGCUGCUCUGACUGUGGGAAGAGUUUUGCUAAACAAGACUUGACUAUUCAUGAGCAAAUUCACACCGGAGAGAAACCAUUCCACUGCUCUCGGUGCGGGAAGAGAUUCACUGCAUCUAAAACUUUAAAAUCUCAUCAGAGAAUUCAUACAGGGGAGAGGCCUUACCCCUACUUUGAUUCUGAGAAAUGCUUCAAACAAUCAGGAUCCCAGACUACACAAAAACACACAGGACAACCUUAUUGCUGUGAUCAGUGUGGGAAGAGAUUCAAUCAAUCAGGAGCCCUGACUAGACACCAACGCAUACACACAGGAGAAAAGCCUUAUAGCUGUGAUCAGUGUGGGAAGAGUUUUACUCGAGAUUACACCCUGACUAUACACCAACGCAUACACACAGGAGAGAAACCUUAUAGCUGUGAUCAGUGUGAGAAGAGAUUCAAUCAAUCAGGAGACCUAACUGCACACCAGCGCAUACACACAGGGGAGAAACCUUAUAGCUGUGAUCUGUGUGGGAAGAGCUUUAAUCACUCAGGAGACCUGACUAGACACCAGCGCAUACACACAAGAGAGAAGCCUUAUAGCUGUGAUCAGUGUGGAAAGAGUUUCAAUCAAUUAGGACACCUGACUAGACACCAACGCAUACACACAGGAGAGAAGCCUUAUAGCUGUGAUCAGUGUGGGAAGAGCUUCAAUCAAUCAGGAGACCUAACUACACACCAGCGUAUACACACAGGGGAGAAGCCUUGUAGCUGUGAUCAGUGUGGGAAGAGCUUCAGUCAAUUAGGACAACUGAUUAUACACCAACGCAUACACACAGGAGAGAAACCUUAUAGCUGUAAUCAGUGUGGGAAGAGCUUCAAUCAUUCAGGAGCCCUGACUAGACACCAACGCAUACACACAGGAGAGAAGCCUUAUAGCUGUGAUCAGUGUGGGAAGAGCUUCAAUCAUUCAGGUACCCUGAGCGAACACCAACGCACACACACAGGAGAGAAGCCUUAUAGCUGUGAUCAGUGUGGGAAGAGCUUCAAUCACUCAGGACACCUGACCAUACACAAACGCUUACACACAGGAGAGAAGCCUUAUAGCUGUGAUCAGUGUUGGAAGAGCUUCAAUCACUCAGGACACCUGACCAUACACAAACGCAUACACACAGGAGAGAAGCCUUAUAGCUGUGAUCAGUGUGGGAAGAGCUUCAAUCAAUCAGUACACCUGACUACACACCAACGCAUACACUUUGGAGAGAAACCUUACUCCUGUCUAUGUGGAAAAAGCUUUGCUCAUUCAGGGUCACUGAAAAAACACCAGAAAUCACAAACAUGUCGUCUUUCAUCUCCCUCCUCUCCGGCACCGGUUCAAGAUCCCUAAAUAAAGUUUACAUAGAAAACAUCUUGUAAACAGUCAUCCAUCUCCCAUUCUCUAACAGUUACUAAGUCUGAUUACCAUGGUAACCUGUGUAGCAUAAUAUGCAGCUCUGGAUCCAUAUUUAUCAAGUGUCUUGGAGUAGGAGUGUGGUGGGGUGUGUUGGGGUGGGGGGGUUCAGAGCUGUAUCUUAUUUCAUUAACUCCUAUUAUCCUUUAAAUAAUAAUAGAAUAAUGUUUCAACAAUACAAGGUUUGUAUUCAUGUAUUCAGGAGAUCAAUAAAUUAAAUCCAUUAUCUGCUCAA